GCAGAGGAGAGAGGAGGGGAGGCUUGUGGAGGGAGGAUCGUUCGGAUUUUCCAGAGACGCGGAGCAGUUCCGUGCGGAGUCACAGACGAGAGGAACCGCGGCAGUUCAUUCAGUGACAAAGUUGUCCGACUGUCUGCGGCGGAAUGGAGACGUAGCUGGCCUCCCUCGCAGCCUCGGCCAGAGCUAGUUUCGCGUAAGAAAGAACGAAAGAAAGAAAGAAAAGAGAGAGAGAGAUUUGCAUGAGGCUGCCGGCGUAACAAAACGAUGCUACUGUUGCCGUGACUUUGAAAAGAGCCUCGGGAGAAGUUGAGAGAAAAACCGGUUCUCCCUGGUACACCGCCGCCGCUUUGGUGUUUGUGAAUGGUGGGGUGCUUUUCCUGUGUGCCAGGACCGAACAGUCAAGGAGAGGGCAACGUUGCAGCCGCUGAACACACGGGCUCAUCCUCCCCAAACCUGCUCAGAUGGCCUUGAGAUAACGCCACCAAAAGUUGUACCCUUGUCCCAGACUUCAGCCAGCCCUGCAGCCUCCUGCAUUCAGCCAGAAUGGCAGAUCCCACUGGGCCGAGCUCUGGAGGGGCGGGGGCAGGAAUGACCGAGGUCGACGCUUGUAGUUUGGAGAUAGAGAGGAAGUAUGAUGUCAUCCCUGCCGUCAUCUGCUCCAUGUGCUGCCUGUUCGGCAUUAUCUACUGCUUCUUCGGUUACCGCUGUUUCAAGGCUGUCAUGUUCCUGUCAGGUCUGAUGUUCGGCUCUGUCAUCAUUUUCUUGCUGUGCCACAAGGAGCACGUGCUGGACACCCAGCUGAGCGUCGAGGCCAGCGCGGGAAUCGGCCUCGGUAUAGGCCUGCUGUGCGGUCUGGUCACAAUGCUGGUGCGAAGCGUCGGCCUCUUCAUGACUGGCCUGCUGCUGGGACUCCUCCUGGCCCUCGCCGCUUUGCUGGUCACUCACCAGUUCUACACUCCAACCACAGUCUGGGUGCCACUGGGUGCUCUCCUGGGAACAGGCAUGCUGUUUGCUGUGCUGACACUGCAGUGGCAAAAGUUCUUCACCAUGCUCUCCACAGCUGUGUUCGGGGCAGCUAUCAUGACAGUGUGUGCUGAUUACUUUGUGGAGAUGCUGGCACUGUCCACACAUGUGUAUGAAUGCUUGCGCCUCACACCCGGGCCGCCUCUCUGCUGGUACAGCUGGGUCAUUCUAGGCAUCUGGCCCGCCCUCAGCCUCAUAGGAGUACUGGUCCAGUGGAAACUGACAGAUGACAGCUUCUCACACACUGAGGUUGUUAUCAGUCGACGACAGAAGAGAGUCCAGCUGAUGCGGAUUCGAGAGAAGGACGCCAAGAAGCGACAGCAGGCAGGUGGGCAGGAAGGCACGUACCGUCGUAAACCCACCCCAGUGAAACGUUACGCUGGGGAUCUACUGGCGCCGAGCUACCUGCAAAGUCUGCGGGACAGACAGAUGGGCACAGGCACUUCCCUUAGCAGCCUGGGGACUGCCAACCACACCAUGAUCGACUUGGACUACGACACCGGAUCCACUGUGCCCCUCACAGCUACAACCCCAGUCGUCAGGGUCUGAGCAACACAGAGAUAAGAAGGGACUACUUAAUGCUCUCUGGUUCUUCAACAGUGUCUCCCUAAUGUAGAGUAGAACCUAUAAACUGCUUCACUCAGCUAAGGGUUUCCGCCCUUAAACGGAUUUGGAGCGAGGAUGGAUUUUCUCCUGUCGGUGUGUCAGUCCUGGGUGUCGUUGAAAGAGAAUGCUGCUUUUAUGGGAGAAGGAAGAAGUGUCAAGCUCCUGCUUGAUGAAUGCUACAACCACUACAACCACUGUGUUUCUCAGAGAAACACUUAAAAACACAUACUACCGAAGUAAAAUAAGGUCCUCCAUUUCCUUUCAUCAUGUAUUGAAUACAUAAUAGCAAGUACGAGCCUCAAAAACAGAUGUUUAUCUGUUUUGGUAGUGAAUAUGACAAAACAGUAUUUGUUUGACAUUAAAUGUACUGUACUUAAAAAGUAUGUCAUUGCCAUGAAGUGAUGUGUAAUUCUCUGUCUUACUGUUUCAUUGUGUGGGCAUAGGAUUUAUGAUUUUCUGUACUUUUUCAGAGGGAGCGAGGUGAGAGAGUACAUGUAUGUAGAUGGAUACGUGGCCAUGAGUAUGACAAAGUGAAGCAAAAACUAAACGAUACAAAUGAAACAAAACAAUUUGUAUUCAAAAGCUCUUUGCAUGAGCUUUUAGCAGAAUGUUUUCUAGCAGCACUCUGAUAAUUCUGUGACCUUUUUUGUUUUUGCAGUGUAGCUCCUGUCUAAUACAGUAGGUGAAGAAUUUAGACUGUUGCUUGUGGAGUAAACGUUUUAUAAUUUAUUUUAUAUAAUGACAAAGUACCGGGUAGUGUUGAAAAAAAGGACAAAAAACAAAGCAUGUCUGUUGUUAAUUUGUAGAUUUUUAAAUAAUUAUCCACUUUGUUUGAAUUUUUGCAGGGGCAAUGCACUUGUUACCUGAAUCUGUACAUACAUGUUGAUAGAAAUU